GGCUGUGACGUAAUGAUUUGAUUUUAUGUUUAGGGCUGAAAGAGGUUAGAUCCCAAAACCACCGAAAAUUCGUCACAUUGGACUUUUCAAGUUGUUCUUUUCCGGGUUACGCUUGAUAAAGUAUCGAAAAUGCAAAAUUACGGUCAUAUGCCAAUGCCGCAGCCUCCAGGAGGAGUUAGCUAUCGGCCGAAUGCAGGGAACUGGCAAUCGUCUGGUCCUGGGCCUACUUCAUCGUCGCAACCGCCUUACCUGCCGUAUGGACCACCAACAAGCCAGCCUUAUUCUUAUGGUAGUAUGCCAACAACGUACGGGACAACAUCUUACACAACGAGUACACCUGCCCCUUCACAAGACUCUGUUUUGGACAACGAUAUGAGAACAUUGAUAAAAAAUUUAAAAUCUACACUUGAACAUGCAUCGAUGGAGGAGCUCGAUACGCUAUUAAAAAAUGAGGACAGACUCAAUGGAUUAAUAGAAGAGACACAGCAGAUCAAAAACCUGAAGCAGAAGAGAAAUGAACUCAUUGACAACAAUAAAGAGCAAGCAACAUUCAAUUUAUCACUGCAGCCUCAGUUUGAGAGUCUUAAAGAAAAAUUAUCCGAAGCAGUAUUGCUGCAAUCUUCAAGAAAGGAAGAGUAUGACAUAUUAAAGAGCAAAUUAGAGAGCAUUACUGGCAACUUUUCAUUAGAUGCAACUUUGGCACUCCUACAAACUUCAGCUGCUGAAAAGGAUGGUGCAUCUGAGGCUCUUGCAAAUCAACUGCUGGAAUGCAAAUUACCCAUGGAGGAAUUCCUUGAACAGUUCAUUUGGGAAAGAACAAAGUAUCAUUUGCAAAAAAUCAAAGCAGACAAGAUGGCUGAAAUUGUACGGCGAGGACCUGCUAUGCAGCAACAAAACCCUCAGUAUUACGGGUCAGGCUAUGGUGGGUACUAACCCAAGUUAUUAUUCAUUUAGGCUUAAUCACUUUAAAUUAUGAAUCUCAUUUAACCGUGAAGUAUUCUGUAAAACGUCAUUACUGAUUGAUUAUAUAAUAGCAGCAUCUCCACAACCAUCUACGCAAUAUCUGUAAUAAAAGCCUUAUUAUCUAUUUGCCUGAAGUUCGAUUGAAGGAGGCUAUUAAUUUCAAGAUUUUCGAUGGUCAAGAUACAGAUUCUUCAUAGGCAACAGUUUAAAGUAACAACUGUCAAAAUUUACCUGCAAUCAGUGACCACGGUUUGAUAUCACCUUAUUACACGAAUAUAACACUGUACACCCAUUAACAUGUUAAGCAACAAAUUUACGUUAGUUCCAAACACGAAAGUUCCUUGUGUUAGUUUCUGAAACCUCGUGCUUAUUGCAACUAUGCAUUGAAAGAGAACGUCUUUUUUGAUUAAAGUAAAGGUGAUCACUUGUUACGGCUGCCUGUGCAAAAUAAGAGCAUGCCUUAAAAAACUUAAGUAGCUUUUUUCCAGUGAACGAAAGUUUCAUGUAGAGAUUACAUCGUUCUACCCUAUAAUGAUUUGUGCAAGUUUAAUUUCUAAGUUUGAUCAGUUUUUCCGUGAUUUCUCUUUUGUUCACUUCAAUGUCACAUUUUUGGUGCAUAAAGUAGGUUAUGCCCAAUUUUGAUGAUUUUGCGUUACUCUAAUCUCGCGUAAACAUUUUAACAUCAUAUUUGGAUUGAUUUGAGAUCUCCUAAUUUCUUGUAAUUAGGUGGAUAGUCUGCAUUAUUAAAUGUGACGACACUAUGUUAAAAUAGUACUGUGAACUAACGUAUCUAGGAAAUCCCACUGUUCGAUCAUCUCUUUCACAGAGGCUGUGGUACCCGGGGUAAGGAAAUUCCAACUCUCAGUGAUGCCAUCUUGAAGCCUUGUAAUUUCUGGUAAUUUUUGUAGUUAGUCAAAUUUAUUUUUACCAUGGGCAAAAUUAUAUCAUAUUUAAUAGCUUUGUUUGA